AUGGACAAACCUCAAUACAAUGCUUGGGCCACACUUUUCCGCAACACGGCUCGUGCUUAUCAAGUCCUAGACCACAUUGACUCCUCUGUCACCCGCCCCUCCGAUGUGGAUGACGAAUUAUGGAGUCGCCUUGACUCCAUAGUUCUCACGUGGCUCUACGGCCCUAUCAACGAGGACCUUCUCCUUGCUAUUCUUGAUGACAAGGCUACAGCUUUGGUGGCUUGGGACAAACUCCGUGCCCUUUUCCAAGAUAACAAAGGUACUCGCAUUGUUCAUCUCGAAAACCAAUUCGGCAACAUAAAAAUGCAAGAUUUUUCAUCCUCUGUUGCUUUCUGUCAAUCCUUGAAAUCCGUGGCCGAUCAACUUUCGAGCCUCGGCCAUCCCGUCUCUGAUGAACGGUUGGUCUUACAACUCGUUGCGGGUCUAACGGAUGAAUAUGACACCGUUGCGACGUUCAUACAGCAGUCUCAGCCACUGCCCUCCUUUCAAAACGCUCGCUCGAUGAUUGCCCUCGAAGAGACUCGCCGGAAUAAUACUAAGAAAUCCGGUACCUCUUCGAGUGCGGUUCUUGUUGCUGCUGAUCCCGCGCCCACUGCGGCUUCUCACUCCUCUUUUUACGGCCACCGUGGUGGCAGAUAG